AUGAUUAUUUCUGAUUCCUUCAUUCAAACAGUUGUUCCUGUCGUUCAUGACAUUCCACUAAUCGAUACAAUAUAUAUUUUAGUUGAGAAUGGAGCUCAACAUGAAGAUUUGACCAAAGAAUGGUCAAAAAUAAACGGUGUAUUUACAGAUAUUGAUUCAAUCUGUAAAUCACUUCAACAACCAGCAUAUGUUGAUGACAAGAAUUUGGUCACCAUUAGUUCCGUCUCCACUAAUAGUGAAAGUCAUAGACAAAAUUCCGAUCGACUAGAUCCAUCAUUCAUGUAUACACAAAUUUUAAAAGAAAUUUUAUUAACCAUUGACUUCGAAGAAAAACAUUUUAAUCAAUUUAUUUCUUAUUGUCGUGAACUUUACCAAGGCGAUUCUAUCCGACUGAAAACCAUCGACAAACUCGAGCAAGAAUACCAUUUACAUGAUCCGAUAUGGUGGUAUACAUCCGACUCCUUCCUUUAUUCGAUGCUUGGUCAAUCGUUACGCACGAUGGAAGUAAAUCUCAUUAUCAAGAUGGGAUUUUUCAUUAGAGAUCUUCAUAAUAGUAUCUCUAAGCUUUAUGCUCAACAGUUCUCUGAAAAUUCGUCUUCAAAUUCAUUGACUGUCUAUCGUGGUCAAGGGAUGUCACAAGCAAAUUUUGAUCAAAUGUUCAAGAUACAAGGUGGUCUAUUAUCAUUUAAUAACUUUUUGUCGACUAGUCUUGAUCGAGAAAUAUCUUUUUUCUUUGCUGACGCUAGUCACAGCAAUCCCGACAUAAUUGGAGUACUCUUUGAGAUAACUAUUAAUCCAUCAGCAUCGUCUGUUCCUUUCGCGAAAAUAUCUGACGUCAAAUAUUUCGAAGAAGGAGAGGAAAUUCUUUUCUCCACUCAUUCCAAGUUUCGUAUUGAAUCAAUAAAACAAAUCGAUGGAAAUAAUCGUCUCUGGCAAGUCAAUUUAAUGUUGACUGAUGACAAUGAUCCGGAAAUUCAUGCACUUACUGAAUACAUGCGCGAAGAGAUCUAUUCGGAAGCACAAGGAUGGGAUCGUUUGGGUUUAUUGUUAAUCAAACUCGGAAAAUUCGAUAAAGCCCAAGAAGUUUACGAUAUCCUUCUCGGUGAAACAACGACUGAUCAAGAAAAAGCACUUAUGUAUCAUAGACUUGGAAUGAUAAAGAAUAGUCAAGGUCGAUAUACAGAUGCGAUUACUUAUUUUCAGCAAUCCAUUGAAAUCAAAAAGAAGGUUCUCUCACCAACAGAUAGCGAUUUGGCUUCGUCUUACGAUAACAUUGGUUUAGUGUAUAAAAAUAUGGGUGACUAUUCGAACGCCUUGUCGUUUCAUCAAAACGCGCUGGAAAUUCGUCAGAAAAAUCUUCCAGCAAAUCAUCAUGAUUUGGCUACUUCUUACAAUAACAUUGGUUUGGUGUAUAAUCACAUGAGUGACUAUUCCAAUGCAUUGUCAUUUCAUCAGAAAGCAUUAGAAAUUCGCCAAAAAACUCUUCCAUCCAAUCAUCCUGACUUGGCCAGUUCUUACAACAACAUGGGUUCCGUUUAUGAAAAUAUGGGUAACUAUUCCAAUGCACUAGUAUUACAUCAAAAAGCACUGGAAAUUCGUGAAAAAACUCUUCCUUCAAAUCAUCCAAGUUUGGCUGCAUCUUAUGGCCAUGUUGGAAUAGCUUUAUCUGAAAUUGGAGAUCAUUCAAAAGCUAUCUUACAUUGUGAACGGGCUCUUAAAAUGGUAGAAGAUUCACUACAAGCUAAUCAUCCACAUAUUCAAUUCUAUAGAGAUAAUCUCGAAUAUGUUAUUCAAGUCGAUCGUCAUGCAUACAGACCGAAAUUUAAUCAAAACCAUCUCGAUGAAGAUGAUAAUGACGAUGAUGAUUCUACAUCAAAAUUCGAAAAUCUUUUAGAAAAAUCUAUUACAGGUGAAUCAAUUUCAUCGGAUGAAUCCUUUAGUUUAAAUAUAGAUGAUAGUUUAACAAUUCAAUCAUCAACAUCAAAGAUUAGAAAACAAAAGAUAACGUCGGAUAAUAAUCAAAAACAAUCAACAAAAAAACGACGACGAAUUACUAGUACUGAAGCUGCUCCUGUACGUAAACGACGACGUACCAAAGAUAUUGAUGAAGUUAAUGAAGGAGAAAAGAAAGUACUUAAACAGAAGCAAACGGCAAAAAAAACAAAUUUGUUCGACAUCAAAUUUCAUAUUAAAUCUGCAACAUAA